UCUAUUACUGCUGUGAUUCUUGUGUAUAUAUAUACUGAUGGAGAACCAACUGUUCUGCUAAUGCCUCUCAAUAUUUCGAAAAAUUUACAUAUGUAACAGCAUCUGUAAAGUUCACAAAUUUGAUGUAAAAAAGAUCCAAUUCAGUACUUUUGAUGGCAGGGCUAGUUUAUAGCGAACCAGGCCAGAUGCAAGCUUUAGUACUAGGAUUUCAGCCAACUAGGGUCUUGAAUCUCAAGGCAAUGUACGAUACUAAUGUUUCUGCUGCAACAAGUGAAUCCAUUAAGGAAAGGAUGCCUCAUGUUUUGAGUGUUGCAGGCUCCGAUUCAGGAGCUGGUGCAGGAAUCCAAGCUGACCUUAAAACUUGUGCUGCUCGCGGAGUGUAUUGUUCUACUGUUAUUACUGCCGUUACUGCACAGAACACUGUUGGGGUUCAGGGUGUGAACAUUGUGCCCGAGAAAUUUGUUUCAGAGCAAUUGAAAUCUGUUCUGUCAGACAUGAAUGUCACUGUUGUAAAAACAGGCAUGCUUCCCACAGUAGGGAUAGUGAAAGUGCUUAAUGACAGCUUGAAGCAAUUUCCAGUUCAAGCUUUGGUGGUUGACCCGGUCAUGGUAUCAACUAGUGGUGAUGUGCUGGCUGGUCCUUCUAUUCUUGAUAUACUUCGUGAACAGCUUCUUCCCAUGGCGGACAUAGUAACCCCUAAUCUUAAAGAGGCUUCUGCUUUACUUGGUGGCAUAAAAUUGCAAACAAUUUCUGACAUGCGUUCUGCUGCAAAGUCCAUACAUGACAUGGGUCCAAGAAAUGUUCUUGUUAAAGGUGGUGAUCUUCCGGCAUCAUCAGAUGCUGUUGAUAUUUUCUUUGAUGGUGUGGAGUUCUGUGAGCUGCGGUCCUUACGGAUACAAACUCAAAAUAGUCACGGUACCGGUUGCAGUCUAGCUUCAUGUAUAGCAGCUGAACUAGCAAAAGGUUCCCAGAUGUUGCAAGCUGUUAGGGUUGCAAAACACUAUGUUGAAACUGCAUUGGAUUAUAGCAAAGAUAUCCAUAUUGGAAAUGGGCUUCAAGGUCCUCUUGACCACCUGUGUAAGCUUAAAAGAAAUGUUCACAGUUCAAGUAGACUACAGAGAUUCAAUCCAGAUGAUCUCCUAUUGUAUGCUGUGACGGACUCAAAAAUGAAUAAUAAAUGGGGCCGCUCGAUAGCAGCUGCUGUUAAAGCUGCCAUAGAGGGUGGUGCGACCAUAAUACAGCUGAGGGAAAAGGAUACUGAGACGAACAAUUUUCUGGAAGCAGCUAAAAAUUGUCUGGAAGUUUGCCGUUUACACGGUGUACCUAUGUUGAUAAAUGAUCGAAUUGAUAUUGCUCUUGCUUGCGAUGCAGAUGGAGUGCAUGUAGGCCAGUCUGAUAUGCCUGCACAUGUGGCUCGAUCUCUUCUUGGGCCCCAAAAGAUCAUCGGCGUGUCCUGCAAAACACCAGAACAAGCUCAUCAGGCCUGGGUUGAUGGUGCUGAUUACAUAGGUAGUGGCGGUGUGUACUCCACCAAUACAAAAGCAAAUAAUUCAACUAUCGGUUUAGAUGGCCUUAAAACUGUAUGUUUGGCAUCCAAGUUACCAGUUGUUGCCAUCGGAGGCAUCGGUCUUUCAAAUGUUCGUUCAGUGGUAGAAUUAGGUCCAGAAAAUUUAAAAGGAGUUGCAGUUGUAUCAGCACUGUUUGACAGGGAAUGCAUCGCCACCGAGGCACGGAAGUUACAUACGUUGGUGUCAGAGACCCUGAAGACGACCUCUGCAGCUUCAUGAUAAGAAAUCCCACAACAAAUUUUUCACGGCAGAUUCAGCAUUCUGAUCUGAAUGUUGCAUCAUUUGGAGAACUUCUGUUACUCAGUUUCAGAAAUGCCCUAUUAACUUCUUGAUGAUCAUCUUGAUCUUUCUUAUUGGUAGUUUAAGGAUCUGUUUGCCUAAUAUUUACAAGUCAUAAUAAAUUGCCACAGAGUAUUUCACUUAUUUUGUUUUCUUUAAAUUUCACUUAUUAUAUUUCCGAAACUUUCUUGAACGAGACAAACUCCAAUCUGAUUAUAUCAGAUCUGAUUAUAUUCCGAUGCAAUGUAUCUACGGAAAUUAUUUUCCUCAA